UGUCAACUCCGCCUCCUGACGUAAAUACGCGUUGGGCGGCCGUCUUUGUGGACGGUGACAUUUGUGUAACAUUCAGGUGGCGUUUUUCUCUGAAGGCCUUAACAUUAAAAACAUUGAACCGAAUCACACGGUCUGUAGUUAUCAGUGAAGGGAAGAGAAGAGCGGACAUUAUUCAAAGCAGAAAUGAGUUCCCAAAUCCGACAAAACUUCCAUCAGGACUGCGAGGCUGCAAUCAACAGGCAGAUAAACUUGGAGCUGUAUGCCUCCUAUGUUUAUCUCUCUUUGGCAUACUAUUUCGACAGGGAUGACAAAUCCCUGCCAAAUUUUGCCAAGUUCUUCAGGGCACAGUCCAAAGAGGAGCGCGAGCAUGCAGAGAAGCUGCAGAGUCUGCAGAACCAGCGUGGAGGCCGAAUUUUUCUGCAGGACGUCAAGAAACCUGAUAGAGACGAGUGGGGGAGCGGCCUGGAGGCCCUGGAGUGUGCCUUGCAGCUAGAGAAAAGCGUAAACCAAUCCCUGCUGGACCUGCAGAAAAUGGCCGCCGAACACAACGAUCCUCAUAUGUGUGACUUCAUAGAAACACACUUCCUGGAUGAGCAGGUGAAAUCGAUCAAACAGCUGGCCGACUGGAUCUCAAACCUGCGUCGCAUGGGAGCCCCCCAGAACGGGUUGGCCGAGUACCUCUUUGACAAACACACCAUGGGAGAGGAAGGCAGUUAGACUCAGUCUUCCUUCUGCAGGCAUCCUAUGUGUUAAUAGAUCCCUCAAAAUUUCACAGAUGUAAUCUCAUUUACCAUUACAGCCAUUUAUGCGUCCUCCCUCUCUGGCAAGAUUUAGAUAAAUAGGAAUGUGGAGUAUAGGCUGUGCUGAAGUAACAUAAAAAAGGUCCCCUUCACACCGUAUUGAGAUCACCCUAUAGGCUCCAGAAUUUGCAAAACCUAUUGAAUGUCUCUGGAUCACAGCAAAUGUGGGAAACCUCAUUUUAGCGUGGAUGCAAGCAUUGCCAUACUGUUCACUUAGUGGGUUUCCAUAUAAACAUCGGAGGUUUUUGCACCUCCAUCAGUUUCAGCCAAACUUUAGACCAGAAAACAUUAUUCACACUGACAGCUUUUUGACAACACAGGAGGAUAGAGUUUAGAGGUUCUCUAUACAAAACCCAGUGGACCGUUGUGUGUGUGUGUGCCACUGUGUAAUUAUUUUCACCUGCCAUAUUCGGUGGUGCUUUCUGAUGAUCACUGGGCUAUUCCCACUGAGGCUCUGAAGUCUCAAUUUGCUUUUAAGAGGGUUGCUGUGUUUUUUGUAAUAACAAUUCAGAAACCCUUUUUAUAAACUCCUCCUCACCCCCUCUGCCCUGCUUUAAGUGCAACACCAUGGCUACCCUUGGACAACAAAGCAAAUCCAAUCUGGAUGUGAACUGCAGUGUGACGAGCUUAACUCGUUCAGUGAGCUCCCUGUCUAUAUGAGACGUUUAUUUGCUUCUUAACAGCAGGGGGCCUUACUCUAUAAGGAGCAGUGUGCGUAACAAACCCUAUGGGCAAAAGUUUUGUGCACCAUGCAGUUUUUUUUGUUGUUGUUUUUUUUUACUCUGGUCACCAAGCCAUAAAGCGUUGGAGCAUACCUCGUGGAUAAGCUGCCACCGCUGUUACCAGGCCCUUUCCUGCAGCCUCUAUAAAUAAUAUACUGCCACCAGGAUCUCGGAUUGUUUUUUUAUUUUUUUUAUUUAUUAAUGCUAAGCUGCAUGAUGCACGAUGGGGACCGCUCAUAUUCUGGCUGACUGUUUGGGUUUGUGGUGUGAUCUUAGUCUGGUGUGAAAGGGAACUCACUGAAAGAUAUGCUUCCUUUCCUGCUGUGAAAUAGUUUUGCGUCUCUUGAUGUAACCAGUGGGGCAAUGCUUUCUUUCUAUAGCAUGAAGGCUUUAAACCUGCACUUAGAAGUGAGAAGAUUAUGUAAUUUAAAAUCUUAGAAACAAAGCCAUAAACAACAAACUCCUGAUAUUUAAUCCGCUCGAUAUACAUAUCAGAAAUACUAAUGAUUUGUGUCUAUCCAUUAUUGAAAAACAUUGGGUUAAGGUUAAGUAAGUUCCUUUCUUUGGUCAUUUUCUCCACAACUUUCAAAGUUGAAUUAUUGUCGCUGUUCUUUUAUAACCGUUUUAAUUAUUAUUUGUGAAUAUAUGUUGUAUGUAUGAAAAUUGUGUUUUACAAAAAUAAAGCAAUAAUAUGCAAAUCAUU